AUGGCAGUUUCAGGGCUUCUGGCAGACAUGGAGUCACUUCCUACGCUGGCAUGGGUAUCGCCAGCUCUGACAGCAGUGGCUGUCAUAAUCGUGGCUCUCCUUUCCGGAUACCGGAAAUCACCAACUAAGUUUGACGUUCCCACACUUGAAGACUCUCCGAUGAGAUAUGUUCAAGAGGCAGAUUUCAAGAACACCAUUUUCCAGGUUCUGACGCCGGAUGGCCCAAGAAUAUUUCUGCCAAGAAAAUUUGCCAAUGAGCUGAAACCAUUCAAGAGACAUGAAGCCAGUGGAAUGAAGGCUUUAGCUGACCGCCACCUUGGCCAUUACACGACGAUUGACCAUGAAAGCGAUGUGAUGCUCGGUGCUAUCAAAAUUGAUUUAAACAGGAACUUAGGCUUGUUUGUUGGAGAUGUAGAACAAGAAGUUUCUUACUGUUUUGAAACCCAAUUCCCCUCCUGCGAAGAUUGGACUCCCAUUGAUCUCCAUGAGACGCUACUUCGUGUUGUCGCUCAAGCUUCGGCGCGUAUCUUUGUCGGUUAUCCCAUGUGCCGAAAUGACGAGUGGCUUGAAUGUAGCACCAAAUUUGCCUUGGAUGUCAUGACUGGUGGCGAAAAGCUUAAGUUGUGGCAUCCAUGGCUUCGUCCAUUCGCACAAUACUGGAUUCCGGAAAUGAGGCAGAUUAGGGGUGAUCACCAACGUGCGCUUGAUUUGCUAAUGCCAGAACUGAAUAAGAGAGCUACGGAAACUAGAAAAUCCGACGCUGCGCCGCGUCAGGAUAUGAUUGAAUGGAUGCAGCAGCGAGCUCAAAAGCUUGGCGAUAAGUCAUUUGACAAUAGAGAGUUGGCAAAUCUGCAAAUGCUCACAGCAACGGCAGCUAUUCACACAACUAGACUGGCAAUCAUCCAUGCGCUGUACGACAUCGCAGCCCGCCCUGAAUACAUAGCACCACUGCGAGAAGAAAUCAAGGAGGUAACCCGAGAUACCAAUGGUGUUCUUCAAAAGCAGCAUUUAACACAGAUGAGAAAGCUAGACAGCUUCAUGAAGGAGUCACAAAGACACUCUCCUCCAUCUGUUGCUACAUAUCAACGAAAGGCCAUGAUUCCUAUCGAUUUAUCGAAUGGCUUUCAUAUUCCCAAGGGAACUAUCGUUCAAUGUAAUACAAAUAUUCUAGAUGAAACGCCAGCUGCAUGGGGUGAACCACAUGCGUUUGACGGUUUCAGGUUCUACCGCCUACGAGAGAAUCCGGAAGACACCAACAGGUUUCAAUUCGCGAGUACGUCAUACGACAGCAUGCAAUUCGGUUUCGGGAAUGACGCAUGCCCUGGCCGAUUUUUUGCAAGCAACCAGAUCAAGAUUAUCCUGUCUUAUAUCCUUUCACACUACGAUAUCAAGUUUGAGGAUUCUGUGAAGGAACGGCCGAAGAAUUUUAUGUUCGAGGUGAAUGUAAUGGCAAGUAAUACAAAAGUCCUGUUUAAAAGGUUGUAG